UACUGUAUUCAAAUUUUGGAUGUCGAAGAGGGGAGCUUGCCAGGGUACUUCCUACCGGCGUUUCCUUUUUCAUGUAUUGAAACAGCGAUAUUGGCAAUAAAAUACAUUUUUUAAUUAUAUGAAUGAAAGGAUGACUGCUAUAGAUAAUUAAUUUAACUUUUAAUAUCCAUCAAUCAGGGUGCAACUGUUUGGUGCUGUUAUCGGUGCAUCUGGAGCCGAUGGUCCACUGGCGCAUGAGCGUAAUGUAUCAUAUGUUCAUAGAAGAUUAUCUUGAAGAUGAUGAAGAACCACCUUCACUGCUCGGCUCUUGUCCUUCUCACCUUCCUUGGCCUGCAGGAGGCGCUGGAGACGCAGUGUGGGUGGGGAAAGGUCCUGACCAGCGAGGGGUGUGUCUGCCAGCAGUGCCCAGCGGGUCAGCAGCCCAGCAGGGCCUGCGGGCAAGCUGAGGGCCCAGAAGUGGAGGUGAAAUGCCAGGCCUGUCCGGCAGGCACGUUCUCGGGCUCCUAUGACUCCGAGCUGUGUAGGCCCCACACCUCCUGUCCGGCCCUCAACCGCCAGCUCUUGAGCCCGGGCACCCCUGAGAAGGAGGCUGUCUGCGGAGAAUGCCUGAGCGGGUUCUACCCUGCUGCGAAGGGGGAGUCUUCCAGCCACAGCUUGUGUGCCAGACUGUCCCCGGACCCGCUGGUGCGCGUGGCACGGAACGCGGCCUCCCGGGGGCCGGCGGCGAACGGCACCAGCACGCAGGGCCCCGAGGAGAAGAGCACAGAGUACGCCGUCUUCGCCCUGGUGCCCAUCUUCUGCGUCAUGGGCCUCCUGGGCAUCCUCAUCUGCAACACCCUGAAGAAGAAGGGCUACCGCUGCUCCGCCGACAAGGAGGGCGGGGACGAGGAGGCCGCCUCGCCGCAGAAAGAGGGUAAUACUGGUCCGUUCACUGUGGAUGACCCCAAUGAAGACACCAUUGGCGUGCUGGUGCGCCUCAUCACCGAGAAGAAAGAGAAUGCCGCAGCUCUGGAGCAGCUUCUCCUGGAUUAUGAGAAUAAGCAGAUAUCCAUCAGCAAAGCGCCGUCCAUCAAGUUCCCGGUCCUGCCCCAUCUGCCCCAUCAGUUCCGCUCCCUGCCCCGUCUCUGCCCCCACCAGCACCACCUCCACACCAUCAAUGGGCUGGCCCCCAAGGCGGGCCACUGCUGCUCCCGCUGCAGCCAGAAGAAGUGGCCCGAGCUCCUGCAUCUGCCCGUCGACACGCGGAAAACCACCGCCCCCAGCACCAAGGCCCCCCUGCCCACCAUCCUGUCUGUGGGAAGGUUCCAGGUGGCCCAGAUUCCAGAGGCGUCCACAUCCCUGGAGCUGACCCCGCCAGAGUCCAGCGACACCGACUCGGUGGACACCUCCCACGCGGAGGCGGCGGACGAGCAGUCUCUCCUGGGGAUCUCCUCCAUCUCCUCCUCCUGCGGGUGGACCAAGAGCAAGCAGGAGGACCGAAAGUUUGUCAUAAGGCUUGGAGAAACCAACCUGGUCAUCUGAAAGGUCAACAGCUAAUCGGGGAAAGAAGGCAUGCUGGGAGAUGACAGUCUCACUGGGCAGUGUGGGCGAGCGAUGCGGGUGAAGAGCGUCCGGAGAGCGGACCCCCAAAAGUCACAGGCCUAGAACCCUGGGGGAGGGGUUCCCCUGGCUGCACCCUGCAGUCUGUUAAUUGCAUAUUUAUUACACUAUAAUUAUCAUAAUAAUGAGCAAUGAGCUUCUAUUUCAGAAGCUGAGACAAGAAAAUAAAAAAAGCAAUAUUACCUGCUUUGUUAGUGCUUCCAAAUCACAGUAGUCAGGGCUUUGGCCUGUGGUAGUGAACUCUAAACUACUGUAGGAGAAAAAAGAUCACUACAGACAGGAAACCCUGCAUGCCAGCCAGCUCUCCCUAGUAUUACAGAAACAGAUCUGAGACCUUUGUCUUUCAAUCAUGGUUUUUUUUUUUUUUUAAUGAAGUUUUAGCCACUUGACCUUUUUUGAAUUCCGAUCAUGACCAGCAAAGUAGUGGACCUAUACACAAUGUGGAAUGUAAUUUAAUACUGGUUAUAAUACAGUUUGUGUUGAGGAAACAUUUGUUAUACAGGUUUCUUUUCAUUUGAACAAACUGAGAUCGACCGAGACCUAUUAGGAUAUAUCGUCAUUUCAUUUUCCUUUCUUCACACAGCAUAGAAUGGCUUUCAGGUGAAAACAGUACUUUUUAUUUUCAUCAUCUCUCUUAAACGCACAAGCUGUACUGUAAUUUACUGUACAUAUGUUCAGAGGGUGUUGAAGACCAGCUCCACUUUUUAUUGAAACUGUACUGUAUCGGGGGGGGGGGGGAAAUACAGGGUGUUUGUGCUUGGCAUUAGUUUGCUGUGUCCCAGUGUUUCCAACCAGGUUGUUUUGGGUGCAGGAUGAUGGCAUGCUUUUGCUUGGCCUGGGACUUCCUCUUUCCAUGUGUAUUCAUCUCAGACUUUGAUGUCACUUCCUGUCCUGUGGUGCCACAAAGUUGCCAGGCAGUUACUCAACUCAAGCACAGCCAUCAAAGCACAUGAUUGCAUAUUUGUAAACCUCCCAAAGUUGUGUUGUAUUGUAGUCUGCUGACUUGUACAAGAAAAGGCAUAUCCCAGAAAUUCGUAAAUAAAAAUGUUUAUUUUAAAGAUCACUUGCGUGGCUUAAAUGCAGUGUGCUGUUAAAGCAGCAUAACAGUAGUUUAUCAUACUUUAUCCCCCACGCAAUAUGGCUAUAGUAUUAACUAGGAAUUAUUGGUUGAUGGCUUGACCCUUUCAUGUAAACAAGUCAUUAGGGUAUUCCUCUGUCUGAGAGAGACUGGGGUCUUUGGGCACAGUGGGUUGUUAAACAUUUCUACUGGACAAAAAAUUCAUUCAGAAGUUCCAAACAUUAAUGCUACACACAUCUUUGAGGUCCCCACGAAUGCAUCCAGCCAUGCAUGGGUGUAGUUACGAGUGUACCACAGAGGACUCUGUGGGCAGUUUAAUGGCAUUAUCUUGCUUCUGUCUGACCCAUCACAGCCCUCUGUUGCAGUGUUGUUCUUGUGGGUUAGGGUUUAUGCAUCUGAGCCUACCUCCAUUCUAGCUGGCAAAGUGUAGGUUUUGACCCAAGCACAGUACUGUACAGUUUGUGCAGAUCUUAAUGAUAAACUGUCAGCACAGGAAUAGCUGUAUCUUAGCCCUGCUCGAGGUCGUCACAUAUGUAGGAAAACCGAGGCUAGCUUUAAAACCAGGAGAGGAAACUUAAGUUACUCUGCUCGGUUGUCAACGCACACGUACAAACUUACCGACACCCAACUGAUGUCAGUUCCACUUCGGAGCACUUAAGAUCCAUCAUUUUCUGGUACUUGGAGAUAUGUUUACUUGAUACACUCUUACCUAAAACUGAGUGUGAAAAUCACAUUGUCAUAUGAUUUACUAUUAUUAUAGUAGUAUCUCCAGUAGUUUUGGCUUAACUAGUAAUUAUAUCUGACUGUUUAUGUCUCAUUCCCAACACUGAAACACUUAUUUGUUUUUUUAGUAUUUUGUUUCCUUCCUUAUUACUUGUAGCAGAAAGGCGUCAGACAUUGCCACUUCAUUGUGGCAUCACUAUUUUGUUAUGAUGGUUUACAUUAACAUUUUACAUAGUGUGUCAUUUUUGUAUUUUGUAUGUUUGCAAUUCAGUUAUGGAAGAUUAUCAAUUUGAUCCUAUUUAUUGGUUGGACAUUCCCAUGCGUUUUCUCUCAUUUCUUUUAAAUGUUAUUAAUUGAAGUGUUGUGACAAAAAUGAACUCAACUCUCCAACCUUAUAGGUUCUUAUUUAUUAUAUUCCAUUUCAUUGAUAUUUGUACUCUUUAAAUAAAGGAGCAAUUUAUUUUAA